GUCUGAAUCCCCGGGAGCGCAUCUGAGGAAGCUGCGAAGAGGGACAGCAGCGGCAGCAGCUUUAGCCGCGGCAGCAGCCCCAGCUUCAGCAGCCUUAGCCGCCUAAGCAUCAGUCAGCAGCAACAUCUUCCGCGCGGUGUCAGCGCUUGGUCAGACUCCAGUUCUGACCCUUCUCGCUCUAGCUCAAGGACUGAGAGCGCGGAGCUGCUCUAGUCCUAUUGCUUGCUGCUACUGCUGUUACUCUGGCUUCUGGUUUAUUGUUUUGAGCUCCUGAUAGGAGGUGUGGGAAGAAAAAAAAGAGAGAUAGAGAGGAAUCUGCCUUUAGCCAUGUGGAUACCUACAGAACAUGAGAAAUACGGCGUAGUCAUUGCCAGUUUUCGAGGAACAGUUCCAUAUGGCCUAUCGUUGGAAAUUGGAGACACAGUUCAGAUCCUGGAGAAAUGUGAUGGCUGGUACAGAGGAUUUGCCUUAAAAAACCCAAAUAUCAAGGGUAUAUUUCCUUCCAGCUACGUUCACUUGAAAAAUGCAUGUGUUAAGAAUAAAGGGCAGUUUGAAAUGGUAAUUCCAACAGAAGACUCCGUUAUCACAGAAAUGACAUCAACUUUAAGAGACUGGGGAACCAUGUGGAAGCAACUUUAUGUGAGAAAUGAAGGUGAUCUCUUCCACCGACUGUGGCAUAUAAUGAAUGAAAUUCUAGACCUACGACGCCAAGUUUUAGUUGGCCAUCUCACCCAUGACCGUAUGAAAGAUGUGAAGAGGCAUAUCACUGCUCGCCUGGACUGGGGCAAUGAACAACUAGGAUUAGAUCUGGUGCCUCGAAAAGAAUAUGCAAUGGUAGACCCUGAAGAUAUCAGCAUAACAGAACUCUACAGAUUGAUGGAGCACCGACACAGGAAGAAAGACACCCCUGUACAGGCAAGCAGCCACCACCUAUUCGUGCAGAUGAAGAGUUUGAUGUGCUCCAACCUAGGUGAAGAGCUGGAAGUCAUCUUCUCACUUUUUGAUAGCAAAGAAAACCGACCAAUCAGUGAGAGGUUUUUUUUGAGACUAAAUAGGAAUGGUCUGCCAAAGUCCCCAGAGAAGCCUGAAAGACAUUGUUCUCUUUUUGUGGAUCUGGGUAGCAGUGAGCUCAGAAAGGACAUCUAUAUCACUGUGCACAUCAUCCGAAUAGGUCGAAUGGGGGCCGGAGAAAAGAAGAAUGCGUGCAGUGUACAGUAUCGGCGGCCCUUUGGCUGUGCGGUCCUCAGUAUUGCUGACCUGCUGACUGGAGAGACCAAGGAUGACCUCAUCUUGAAAGUAUACAUGUGCAACACAGAGAGUGAAUGGUAUCAAAUCCAUGAAAAUAUCAUCAAGAAACUUAAUGCACGUUAUAAUUUGACAGGCUCCAAUGCAGGAUUAGCUGUUUCACUUCAGCUCUUGCAUGGAGAUAUUGAACAAAUCAGAAGAGAGUAUUCAUCAGUAUUUACUCAUGGGGUUUCCAUUACAAGGAAGCUGGGGUUUUCCAAUAUUAUAAUGCCUGGUGAAAUGAGGAAUGAUUUAUACAUCACCAUAGAAAGGGGUGAGUUUGAGAAAGGAGGGAAGAGUGUGGCCAGGAAUGUGGAAGUCACCAUGUAUAUAAUUGACAGUAAUGGCCAGAACUUAAAGGAUUUUAUCUCCUUUGGCUCUGGUGAGCCUCCAGCUAAUGAGUUCCACUCCUUUGUACUUUACCACAACAACAGUCCCAGAUGGUCCGAACUGCUCAAACUUCCCAUUCCUGUGGAUAAAUUCAGAGGCUCCCACAUCCGUUUCGAGUUCCGGCAUUGUUCCACAAAAGAGAAAGGUGAAAAAAAAUUGUUUGGCUUCUCUUUUGUUCCUCUGAUGCAAGAAGAUGGUAGGACACUUCCAGAUGGCACCCAUGAGCUCAUCGUACAUAAGUGUGAAGAAAAUACAAACCUUCAAGAUUCUAGUCGCUACCUCAGACUUCCCUUUUCCAAGGGCAGUCUCCUUGGGACCAAUAAUCAAGCAAUAAAGGCCACUAAGGAGUCCUUUUGGAUCACGUCUUUCCUCUGUUCCACUAAACUCACACAGAACGGAGAUAUGCUUGAUCUUCUAAAAUGGAGAACUCAUCCAGACAAGAUCACAGGCUGCCUCUCCAAAAUAAAAGAAAUUGAUGGCUCAGAGAUAGUAAAGUUUCUGCAAGAUACCCUGGACACCUUAUUUGGAAUUUUAGAUGAAAAUUCUCAAAAAUAUGGUUCCAAGGUGUUUGAUUCUUUGGUCCACAUAAUAAACUUAUUGCAAGAUAGCAAAUUUCAUCAUUUCAGACCUGUAAUGGACACUUACAUCGAAAGUCAUUUUGCUGGAGCACUUGCAUACAGAGAUCUUAUCAAAGUUCUUAAAUGGUAUGUGGACAGAAUAACAGAAGCAGAGCGACAGGAGCACAUCCAGGAAGUUCUAAAGGCACAGGAAUAUAUUUUUAAGUAUAUAGUUCAAUCUCGAAGGCUCUUUUCUCUUGCCACUGGUGGACAAAAUGAAGAAGAAUUCCGUUGUUGCAUUCAAGAACUCCUUAUGUCAGUUCGAUUCUUCCUUUCCCAAGAAAGCAAAGGAUCUGGAGCUUUAUCUCAGUCACAGGCUGUGUUCCUGAGUUCCUUCCCAGCAGUAUAUUCUGAGCUGUUGAAACUCUUUGAUGUUCGUGAGGUAGCAAACUUAGUACAUGAUACUCUGGGCAGCUUGCCAACAAUCAUGCAUGUGGAUGACUCCCUUCAAGCUGUGAAGCUUCAGUGUAUCGGGAAAACAGUGGAAAGCCAGCUAUAUACUAACCCUGAUUCUCGAUACAUACUUCUGCCUGUAGUUUUGCAUCACCUCCACAUGCAUUUGCAAGAGCAAAAGGACCUCAUCAUGUGUGCACGCAUUCUUAGCAACAUAUUUUGCCUCAUCAAGAAAAAUAGCUCAGAAAAAUCUGUCCUGGAAGAAAUAGAUGUAAUUGUGACCAGCUUGCUGGAUAUCCUUCUGAGAACCAUAUUAGAAAUUACCAGUCGCCCUCAGCCAUCGGGCUCUGCAAUGAGGCUUCAAUUUCAAGAUGUAACGGGGGAGUUUGUUGCCUGCCUCCUGUCCCUGUUGAGACAGAUGACAGAUAGACAUUACCAACAGCUUCUUGAUGGCUUCAGCACAAAGGAAGAGUUGAGGGAUUUCCUGCUACAGAUUUUUACCGUGUUUCGAAUACUGAUACGACCUGAGAUGUUUCCAAAAGACUGGACUGUCAUGCGCUUGGUUGCUAACAAUGUCAUCAUUACAACAGUUUUGUACCUCUCAGAUGCCCUUCGUAAGAAUUUCUUAAAUGAAAACUUUGAUUAUAAGAUCUGGGAUUCCUACUUUUACCUCGCUGUCAUUUUCAUAAACCAGUUAUGUCUGCAGUUGGAGAUGUUCACACCUUCCAAAAAGAAAAAAGUUCUGGAAAAAUAUGGUGAUAUGCGGGUAACCAUGGGUUGUGAAAUCUUCAGCAUGUGGCAAAAUUUAGGAGAGCACAAGCUUCAUUUCAUUCCUGCAUUGAUUGGCCCUUUCUUAGAAGUAACCUUGAUACCUCAGCCAGACCUACGGAAUGUAAUGAUUCCUAUUUUCCAUGAUAUGAUGGACUGGGAGCAAAGGCGUAGUGGCAACUUUAAGCAGGUGGAGGCCAAACUGAUUGACAAAUUGGAUAGCUUGAUGUCCGAAGGCAAAGGUGAUGAAACUUACCGUGAGCUCUUCAACAGCAUAAUUCCACUAUUUGGUCCAUAUCCUAGUCUACUGAAGAAAAUUGAACGAGAAACAUGGAGGGAGAGUGGCGUAUCAUUGAUUGCCACUGUAACCCGUCUAAUGGAGAGGUUAUUAGACUACAGGGACUGCAUGAAAAUGGGAGAAGUGGAUGGCAAAAAGAUUGGCUGUACAGUUAGCCUAUUGAACUUUUACAAAACUGAGUUGAACAAGGAAGAGAUGUAUAUCCGCUACAUUCAUAAACUCUACGAUCUGCAUCUGAAAGCACAGAAUUUUACAGAGGCUGCUUAUACUCUUCUUUUAUAUGAUGAGUUACUGGAAUGGUCUGAUCGGCCCCUCAGGGAAUUUUUAACCUACCCCAUGCAAACAGAAUGGCAACGCAAAGAAUACCUUCAUCUCACCAUCAUUCAGAACUUUGACAGAGGCAAAUGUUGGGAGAAUGGCAUUAUCCUGUGCCGGAAGAUUGCGGAGCAGUAUGAGAGCUAUUAUGACUACAGAAACCUGAGCAAGAUGCGGAUGAUGGAAGCCUCUUUGUAUGACAAGAUCAUGGACCAACAGCGUCUUGAACCAGAGUUUUUUAGAGUUGGAUUUUAUGGAAAAAAAUUUCCAUUUUUCUUAAGAAACAAAGAGUUUGUUUGCCGAGGGCAUGACUAUGAAAGACUGGAAGCUUUCCAGCAACGGAUGCUGAAUGAGUUCCCACAUGCCAUUGCUAUGCAACAUGCCAAUCAGCCUGAUGAGACCAUCUUCCAGGCAGAAGCACAGUAUCUGCAGAUAUAUGCUGUGACUCCCAUACCUGAGAGCCAGGAGGUCCUGCAGAGAGAAGGCAUCCCAGACAACAUCAAAAGCUUUUAUAAAGUGAAUCAUAUUUGGAGAUUUCGCUAUGAUAGGCCAUUCCACAAAGGAACUAAAGAUAAGGAGAAUGAAUUCAAGAGUCUCUGGGUGGAGAGGACUUCAUUGAUUUUGGUGCAGAGUUUGCCUGGAAUUUCCCGCUGGUUUGAGGUGGAAAAGCGUGAAGUGGUGGAGAUGAGUCCUCUGGAAAAUGCAAUUGAAGUGUUGGAAAAUAAGAACCAGCAGCUGAAGACACUGAUCAGCCAGUGUCAAACUCGGCAGAUGCAAAAUAUUAACCCACUCACAAUGUGUCUGAAUGGUGUCAUAGAUGCAGCAGUUAAUGGUGGAGUCUCCAGGUACCAAGAGGCAUUCUUUGUGAAAGAAUACAUUUUAAACCACCCAGAAGAUGGAGAGAAAAUCACACGCUUGAGAGAGCUGAUGCUUGAGCAGGCACAGAUUCUAGAAUUUGGCUUAGCUGUGCAUGAGAAGUUUGUACCUCAAGAUAUGAGGCCUCUGCAUAAAAAGCUGGUUGAUCAGUUCUUCGUGAUGAAGUCCAGCUUGGGUAUCCAGGAAUUCUCUGCAUGUAUUCAAGCCAGUCCUGUCCAUUUCCCUAAUGGCAGUCCGCGCGUCUGUAGAAACUCGGCACCUGCUUCUAUGAGUCCAGAUGGCGCAAGAGUAAUUCCUAGGCGUAGCCCAUUAAGUUACCCAGCUGUCAACCGAUAUUCCUCCUCUUCAUUGUCCUCACAAGCCUCUGCUGAAGUAAGCAAUAUCACAGGGCAAUCAGAAAGCUCUGAUGAAGUCUUUAACAUGCAGCCCAGUCCAUCUACCUCAAGCUUGAGUUCUACUCAUUCUGCUUCUCCUAACGUGACCAGCUCAGCCCCAUCCAGUGCCAGAGCCUCCCCUCUCCUGUCUGACAAACACAAACAUUCCAGAGAAAACUCUUGCUUGUCUCCUAGAGAGAGACCAUGCAGUGCCAUCUAUCCUACUCCCACGGAGCCUUCACAGAGGAUGCUGUUUAAUCAUAUUGGAGAUGGUCCUUUGCCAAGAAGUGACCCUAAUCUUUCAGCCCCCGAUAAAGCUGUGAAUCCCACCCCUAGCAGCUGGAGCCUGGACAGUGGGAAAGAAGCCAAGAACAUGUUGGAUAGUGGGAAACUUUUAUCUCCCCCUGUCCCUCCAAGACCCACACAAACUGCUUCACCAGCAAGACAUGGGACAUCGGUCUCCCCCUCUCCUGCAGGGCGAUCUCCUAUGAAGGGUUCCAUGCAAUCAUUUACCCCAUCUCCAGUGGAAUAUCACUCUUCAGGAUUAAUAUCCAACUCCCCAGUCUUGUCAGGAAGUUAUAGCAGCGGGAUCUCCUCUCUGAGCCGGUGUAGCACGUCUGAAACUUCAGGCUUUGAAAAUCCAGUGAAUGAGCAAACAGUGAGCAUGUCGACCUACAGUGUGCCUGAGGAGCCAGUGAGGAAAGAAAGUAAGACGCCGCCUCCUUACAGUGUUUAUGAACGGACUUUGAGGCGCCCUGCUCCGCUACCUCACAGCCUCUCCAUCCCCGUUACUUCGGAGCCCCCGGCCUUGCCACCCAAACCCCUGUUGGCUCGAUCAACCAACCUAGAGAAUGGCAGCAGGAGGACUGAACAAGUCCCUCGACCCAGACCUCUUCCCCGGAAGGUCUCUCAAUUAUAAGUCACUUUUCUAUUCCCUCGCGAUGAAUUCUUUACCGUUUACAAAGUAAUAAAAGUAUGGUGAGAAGAAAUUUAGUGUAGGCACUUUAAUAUUUUACUCCAGAUUUUUUCUUUAAAUAAAUGAAAUAAAACUUGCUUAUUAAUAUUAUGUUGCACAAAUAUUAAAUAAAA